GGCGCGGAAGUUGCCGGCGGGCGCGCGUCUUCCCGGACAGGCCCGUAGCCAUGUCGUCCGGGGGCGCGGGGUCGGGCGGGCCGGAGGGGGCCCCUCGCGCGGCUGCCGCGCUCUGCGGCCUGUACCACGAGGCCGGGCAGCGGCUGAGGCGCCUGCAGGACCAGCUGGCCGCUCGGGACGCCCUCAUCGCGCGCCUGCGCGCCCGUCUGGCGGCGCUUGAGGGGGACGCGGCGCCGUCGCUCGUGGACGCGCUGCUGGAGCAGGUGGCGCGCUUCCGAGAGCAGCUCCGGCAGCAGGACGGCGGCGCCGCGGAGGCCGCGCUGCGCCAGGAAAUUGAGAGACUUUCUGAGCAACUAGAAGAAAAAGAGAGGGAGACACAGCAGCUGAUGAACCAGCCAGAGCACGAGCGGGAGAAGGAAGUGGCCCUGCUGAGAAGAAGCGUGGCGGAGAAGGAGCGGGCCCGGGCCGCCAGCGACAUCCUGUGCCGCUCCUUGGCUGAUGAGACCCAUCAGCUGCGGAGGACUCUGGCCGCCACUGCCCACAUGUGCCAGCAUCUGGCCAAGUGUCUGGAUGAACGCCAGCGUGCACAGGGGGACGUAGGGGAGAGGGGCCCUGAGACAGAGUGUGCAAGUGGGGACGCCUCUGUCCAGGCUGUUGUCGAGAAGUUACAGGAGGAGAAUCGACUGUUAAAGCAGAAGGUCACGCACGUGGAAGACCUCAAUGCCAGGUGGCAGCGCUACGAUGCCAGCAGGGACGAGUACGUGAGGGGGCUCCACGCACAGCUGAGGGGGCUGCAGGCCCCGCUCGAGCCCGAGCGCCCCUCCUCGCCCGAGCGGCUGCAGAAGGAGAUCGCCCGGCUCAACAGACAGUUGGAGGAGAAGGUAGACGCCUGCGCGGAGGCGAAGCAGGAGCUGGCGUCCGCGAGGAGGGCCCGGGACGCGGCGCUGGAGCGGGUGCAGAUGCUGGAGCAGCAGAUUCUCGCCUACAAGGAUGACUUCUCGUCAGAAAGGGCCGACCGAGAACGGGCCCAAACUCGGAUCCACGAGCUGGAGGAGCAGGUGGCCUCCCUGCGGCACCAGGUGUCCUGGAGACAGGACUCUCGAGAGCCAGGCUCCUACCGGGUUCGCACCGGCGGCAACACUCCCGCGUACCUAGAGGCUGAUGCUUCGGAGCUUGCGGUGCCGGGUGGCCGGAGGUUUGGGACUGGGUCCCCGUGGUUGGAGCUCCCUGCGGAGGGCAAACGCCCCGGAGCGACCGCAAGAGGCCAGGGCGACCUUCAGUGCCCCCACUGCCUGCGGUACUUCAGUGACGAGCAGGGCGAGGAGCUCUUCAGACACGUGGCCGAGUGCUGCCAGUGAGCCCUGAGGCGAGGAGCGGGGCUCCCAGCACACAGCCCCGGGGGCCAGGCCCCCAGAAUGGGCGGGGAGUGGCUUCCGAGCCCUCACCUAGGUGCCUUUGGGUCAGAGGGAGCUUCCGGCGGGACCGGAGGCUGGAGGUUGGGAGCGUCUGCCCAGGAGGCCCGGCCCUGCUUCUCUUGUGGACUUCGGUCUCCCAGCUGCGGGCCGAGGUCGUGAGUACGUGGUUGGAAGCGGGCCAGCGCCACGCAGCGGGGGGGUUGCCGCCUCUCUGGGCAGCGGUGGCCGCCGUGUUCGAGCCCCCACCCCACCGGGAGGCAUGCAGGGCCCAGCGCCGGCUCUGUGAGACACGUUGCUUACCUUCCUUUUUUCUGUAAUAAAUGUUCUUGCUUCAGGGA